AGACAGAUUGGUGAUAUUACAACCAUACUGUUCCUUAUUAGCACUUUUAGUGGAGUUUAUUUGGCACGCCGACUCUUCGUUAGACGUAAACAAAAUAUUGAAUAAAAUUGUAUCAGUCGUUCUAAAAGCCGCAGUAGGAGCUCUAAAGUGCUCCUAGUUUUCCAAUGGCAUCGGCAAUGAUAUCUCACGUUUCUAAUUGCAUUAAAUUUCGUCAACUACCAAAAAUCAAUUUGCAGCAUGUUACUAGAAUGUUAUACCCAUUAAAUAACUACUACAACCGUUUAGGAUAUCACAACUUUAAUGGCAAAACACCAAAAGCGCGUCAUACAAUUAAUCGGUUAAACGCUCACAUCUUGCAACCUACUUGUCAAGAUAUACGCCAACUCCACAAUAAAAAUGCAUCGUAUUCCAAAAAUAGGAACCAGCCUCGACUGGAAGAUCUUGAUCGUGCUUUCAGAGUUCUUCAGGAGACAUUGCCUAAAUUGUUUGUAGAACCAUUAGAUUAUUCUAUCUAUAGUCCAAAUUUGGUAUUCGAAAACAAUAUUACUGGAAAGCAGACGAUUGGAUUAUACCACUUUGUAAAACAGAUAGCUCUACUGCGUACAGUAGGGCAUUUGAAAUAUGCCUAUGUGAAGUUCGAAGUUCUUAAAAUUACCAAGCACACUGAAGAUUAUACUGUGAGAAUUCGGUGGAGAGUGCGAGGUAUUUCUGGAUUAAAAGUUAUGUUUUCGUUUUGGAAAUAUAAACUUUGGGAAAUGAAAGAAAUUUUCGAAGAGCAGGAGGCCUGGUAUGAUGGAUUCUCGGUGUGUUAUUUAGGAUCAGACGGCCUCAUCCACAAACACGUUGUGGAUAGAGUGACGCCAGAUGAAAAUAAGCAAGUUGCAGAACCAGAUCCAGGGGCAGCAAGUUUACCUACUGGGUCCGUGGCUGUUACAUCACCGAAACUGUGAAUAUAGCUUAUUACAUGUAGCUGCUAAAACACUAUUUAUUAAACGUUGUUAUUAGUUAAAGUAAAUACUAAAUAAAAGGGGUUUUACUACAAGUAAAUGACCACAUACUUGAAAUUGAUUGAAACAAAUGAUAAUUUCUACUGCCACAAAACUAAUGACGUAAUUGAGGUCAUAAUUUGUGUUAAAAAAGAUAAUAAAUAUAAGUCCUAACUAAGUUCAUUAUAA